AGAAAGUUUGCGACGAUUACCCAUCUCACAAGGAUAAUUGGCUCGCGUUUCCAAGCAGACUGGUGCUUGGGGGCGAUUGCAGUAUCAUUCACACAUCCAGCAAGUUUCCCCAUUCUUAAGAUGUUGCGUCUUUCGCGUAUGAGCAUGCACAUGACCCGCCCAGCCAGCGCUGUAGUGCGCGCGAUGAGCACAUCCAAGCUGAGCUUGGAACAGCUCGCAAAGCGCCAGAGCCUGAAGGGCGCGCGUGUGCUGGUGCGUGCCGACCUGAACGUGCCACUCAAGAAGAAUGCCACCCCGGCCACUAUCACGGACGACACUCGUAUCCGCGCCGUGCUGCCCACACUCAAGCUGCUGCAGGGUGCAGGCGCGCGUACUGUGCUUUGCUCGCACAUGGGCCGUCCCGGUGGUGAGGUUAAGGACGAGCUGCGUCUCACGCCGGUCGCCGCGCGUCUGGGCGAACUGCUCGGCAGCCCCGUAAAGAAACUGGACGAUUGCAUCGGCUCCCAAGUGGACGCCAGUAUCGACGAGCUGCAGGACGGCGAGAUCGUGUUGCUCGAGAAUGUGCGGUUCUACAAGCAGGAGACCAAGAACGACCCUGAAUUCGCUAAACAGUUGGCCCACAACGCCGACAUCUACGUCAAUGACGCCUUCGGAACAGCCCACCGCGCCCACGCCUCGACAGAGGGUGUGACGAACUACAUCCAGACUAACGUGGCCGGGUUCCUCAUUGAGAAGGAGCUAAAGUAUCUUUCCGGCGCCGUGGACGCCCCCGUGCGUCCGCUCGGUGCCAUCAUUGGCGGCGCCAAAGUAUCCACCAAGAUCCCCGUGCUCAAGUCGCUGCUGCAAAAGUGCGACAAGAUCAUGAUUGGCGGUGGCAUGAUCUUCACGUUCUACAAGGCACAGGGUCUGGACGUCGGCAAGUCCAUCAUCGAAGAGGACAUGGUCGGUCUCGCCAAGGAGAUUCUGGAGGAAGCCAAGCAGCGUGGCGUGCAGAUUGUUCUCCCUACUGACGUUGUAGUUGCCGACAAGUUCGAGGCCGACGCUCAGUCGAAGGUCGUGCCCGUGAACGCCAUCCCCGCUGACUGGCUGGGCCUGGACAUUGGCCCGAACUCGCAGGAUACGUUCGCCAAGGAGCUCAAGCAGUGCAAAACGGUUGUAUGGAACGGACCCAUGGGCGUGUUUGAGUUCCCUGAAUUUGCCAAGGGCACGUUCGGUGUGGCCAAGGCCCUUGCGGAGAGCACGAAGGUUGGUGUCACGACCAUCGUGGGUGGCGGCGACUCUGUGGCUGCGGUUGAGCAGGCAGGCCUUGGCGUCAAGAUGAGCCACAUCUCCACUGGUGGCGGUGCCAGCCUGGAGCUGCUCGAGGGCAAGGUGCUUCCGGGUGUUGCCGCUUUGAACGAUGCUUGAGAGUUAUUCGUAAAAAAAAAUAACGUGAUGCAGCAGAUUAGAAAGUGACUCGCCUCACUCACACACUCUUCAAUGCGAAGUAUUGAAUUAUACUGAAGUGGCUUUAUCCUUUGGACGUAGGAGCUGUCCUAUCGUCGCGACUAAUGUAAAAUGCAUCGAGCAUUGGACUUUUCGCGGUUGCAGCUCUACUUUAGUGCACUGACCGAUUACGCUGUAAGUUGAUCGAGAGCAGCACCUCGAAACACGAUCGGCAGUUGGUCAGGUUGGAGAAUUCACUUGGCUAGACUUGAAAAGAUGUUAACGACUCUGUGCCAUGAGAACAGCAAACAAGUACAGUAAUGCUACAUGUUUACAUGAAGUUGCGUUGCU